AACACACACACAUGCUGACCAUCCGUCUGUACAGUCACGGCUGAUACAUACAGUGCACAAAGCUCACUGUUUACUCGCAUGCUUGUGUUCACUUGGACGUCUGCUGUGGAGAGAGGGGUUCACCACUGGUUUACCAGACCACUGGUCUACACUGAUGAUCUGUGGACCUGAAGCAGUUCAGAUUUUUAUUGAUACGAGUGAUGUCUUCACGUUAAAGUCUUAGCAUAAACAAGUCUUUGUGUGUUCACAUGGACAUGCAUUCUCAAUGAAUGCAUUUAUUUAGAGAUGCUAAAUCUAUAUUAUUCUAUAAAAGGAGAUAUUGGGAAUAUAUUUCUGGUUUGCUAUGAAGAUGAUCACUAUUCUUCUACACCUGACUGCGUUGUUGGCGAGGACAGCAGGCAUUGAAGAUUCACCUGUGGAUAUAUUAAAAGAUAUGAACUCUGUUUAUCCUGGAGAAUGCAGCUAUAACUUCAUACUGCCAGAACCUGCGAAGGACACAACAGAAGAACAUGAUGAUGAAGGUAAUAGUCUUAAGAAAGAACAUGCAUGUGGGAGGCAAAGGCACUUAAAUCAGCGAAUCAAACACCUGGAGCUUACUUUGGACAGUUACACCCGUCGACUCCAAAGGAUUGAGGUCUAUAUAAAGGACAGCCUGACAGAUAACACAAUGCACCUGUGGAAUAACGCUGUACAUAGUGAUAUGACAGCCAUGCUGGAUCUUGGCACCAGAUUGCUUUCCCAGUCAACCCAAUACAUGAGGACACUAACAGAAAUGGAGACACAGGUUUUUAAUCUUGAGAUCCAAUCAUUGGAAAGCUCCCUGUCCUCUGGCAAACUUGAGAACAAACUUCACCGGCAAACCAAUGAGAUCCAUCAACUCCAGGACACCACAGACACCCUACAGCAGCGCAUGCGUGACAUGGAGAUGCAUCAAAGCGCAGAACUGAGCUUGGUUAAAAGCGAGCAGACUGAGCUCCAGAGACUGCUGGUUUCCCAGAGCUCCUCCAUACAGAACCUGAAGCUGGAUCUAGAGCUGAUCAUCGCCAACAACAGCGCCCUCUAUCAGGAACAAAUGCAAUUACGUAGUACCAUCAAUGAUCUGCUUCAAAUCUGCUCCAAGAACAAAGUGCGUUCAAAUGUUUUUAAAGAAAUGGAUGAACAGAGAAAAUACAAAGACUGUGCCGAACUCUUCAGGGCUGGAUUUACAGAGAGUGGAAUUUACACCAUCUACAUUAACAUGCAUGACACGCAUAAGGUCUAUUGCAACAUGGAGAGUGCUGGUGGGGGCUGGACCGUUAUCCAACUCCGAAAAGAUGGAACGCUGGACUUCCACAGAACCUGGAAAGAGUAUAAAAUGGGCUUUGGUAGUCUGUCCGGAGAACACUGGCUGGGAAACGAGUUUGUGAACAAGUUAACCAGUCAGAAGCAGUACGCUCUUAGAGUCGAGCUGGUGGACUGGGAGGGCAAGAUGGCUUUCUCACAGUAUGACAAGUUUAACCUGGGCAGUGAGAAACAAAACUACAGGCUGUUCCUGAAAAGCUACAGUGGGACUGCUGGCAGACAAAGCAGUUUGGUGAUAAAUGGGGCUGAUUUUAGCACAAAAGACGUGGAUAAUGACAACUGCAUGUGCAAGUGUGCAGUCCUGCUCACAGGCGGCUGGUGGUUUGAUGCUUGUGGUCCAUCUAACCUCAAUGGGAUGUACUACACCACUGGGCAAAAUUCAGGGAAACUUAAUGGCAUCAAGUGGCACUACUUCAGAGGUCCCAGCUAUUCUCUACGUGGCACCACCAUGAUGAUCCGUCCAUUAGACUUUUAAGAUACACACUGAAAAUUCCCAAAGUUACACUUUAGGUUGUAAUGUAUAACCAGUUUAUUUUUGUCGCUUUAAGCCUGUGUGGGAAGGUAUGACAUAUGUUACAUUUCUCAUGUUGUUUACUUCACACAUUAUUGACAUUACUCAUUUUAUUUUCUGUUGUUUGUAAUGCUUCCUUAAGUUCACUUCAUAUUUACUGGAAUUUCUAUUUGGCCAGCAAAAAGUGCGGAAAUAUAAUGUAUUCUCAAGGAUCUUGUGUAAUUUACUAGUUCCAUUAUAUAUUUAAUUACAUAUAAUUUCCACCAGCUGUAGCCAUCAAGCCAAUUAUUGGGUAAAUCAGAAUAAAUCAGAACAUUUAAGUAUACAAGUUGAGUCAUAAUAAAUAAAGUGAAAUGACACAGGGUGUAUUGAACACACUUUAUUUAAUACUUUGUAGAAAUUCCUUUGUUGGUGAUUAUAGCUUCUAGACUCCUCUUGUAUGGAGGGACCAGUCAUCUGCCUUGCUUAGGAGUGAUUCUGGCCCAUUCUUCCACACAAAUGUGACCAGUCACGGAAAGUAGGGACACAAGUCGGAUUUGGGCCAUUUUGAGUUAUUCACAGAUUCUGAAAGUGCUGUUUCUAAGCUUUCCAACGAUGUGUAACACAUGGAAAUCUGAUAACAUAUGAAGAAGUUGUGGCCAUUUGAAUAUAGGAACUCAGAAAUACUCAAACCGAGAAAAUCGAGACGAAAGAGACUCUUCUUUCCAACUGGGGGAGACAAUAGGGCUCAUUUACAUCUCAUUAAGCUAAGCCAUACCCUCUGUAAAGCCGUUUUGAGAUACUGAUGUUCUAGCAUCAUGUAGUAUUUUAUGACAGAAGUCCAAAUGACAACAUGCAAAAAUAAACAUUGACUUUUUACCUUUGUGUUGAUCACAACUCGAAUCCAGUCUGUUUCAGAUUAUCCAAUGACCAUUUUGUCCACAAAUGCGUAUAAUCCGUGAAAUAAAGAUGUGUAGUCUAUAUUGUUGACAUCAGAUUUCGCAUGAAUGUCUAGUAAUACAACAUAAUAUACAAUCUGAGGACUAUUUACAUCGUAACAUGUAAGGGUAUAUGAUUACGCUCCGUUAAACACGUGAACCCGC